UAUCCCCAACGAUCAUCCAUUCAAUUCCGAAAAAUCUGCCUUCAACACCAAAAAUAACUGAGAGGGAAAAUUCGACUCGACGAUGGCAUUUGGUAGGCGUUGGCGUCGAUCAGAUGAUCCGUUUGGGGAAUCAAGGGAGAAGAGCAGCGGAAUCCAGCCAUGGACCAAGGGUGGCACUCGAGUCCCUGCGCUCCGGUGGACGGCGGCGACGCUCUCGUCGACGAUAUCAUCCAGAUCGCCGAAUCCGUAAAUGUCAUCGGAGAAUACAGGCUGACUCAGAGGAAAGAGUGCCUCAAUCUCGUGCGGAGAUUGAGCUUCUUCCUUCCGUUUCUCGAGGAGAUCAAACGCCGGUCGUCGACGGAGGCGGCGCCGAUCCCCAAAUCGGCGGUCGUUUGUCUGACGAAGCUUAAGAAGGCUUUCAAAUGCGCGAAGAAAUUCCUCAAGCUGUGCCAAAGCGGCAGCAAGAUUUUCCUGGCAAUCGAAAGCGAGGCUAUGAUGGUGAGAUCUCAGGGAGUAUACGAGAAGAUCUGCCAAGCUCUUGAUGGAAUGCCAUACGAGGAGCUCGGAAUAUCCGAAGAAGAGCAAGAACAAGUUGAGCUGCUGCACAAGCAGCUGAGAAAAGCUAAAAGAAGAACAGACACACAAGACAUUGAGCUGAUAAUGGAUUUGAUGGUUGUCCUGUCCACGAACAACGACAGAAACGCCGACAUCGCCAGCAUCGAAAGGCUGUCAAACAAGCUGCAUUUGCACACUCCCGAAGAACUGCAACAAGAAACUCUAGCCAUACAAAAACUCGUAAAGGAGCGAAAGGGCCGCAGCGCAGAGAGCACCGAGCAAAUCAUAAAUCUUCUGAACAAGUUCAAGAGGGUAGCCGGUGUCCCGGAAGAUGAUCUAUUCCACGUAACCACCGCAUCCAAACCCCUAGCCAAAAUCAACCCCGUUGUCAUCCCGAAAGAAUUCUUGUGCCCGAUCACAAUGGAGAUCAUGACAGAUCCGGUUAUAGUCGCCACAGGGCAGACGUAUGAAAGGGAUAAUAUAGAGAAAUGGCUGGCUUCUGAUCGUCGAACCUGUCCAAAAACCGGGAAAGUUUUGGAAAGGGAUAGUAUAGAGGAAUGGCUGGCUUCUGAUCGUCGAACCUGUCCGAAAACUGGGAAAGUUUUGGAACACGUAUUGUUGACCCCAAACGUCGCUCUCAAGAACCUGAUUGUGCAAUGGUGUGAGAAGAACAACUAUCAUCCGUCGAAGAAGCGCGAAAAUGUAUCCGCCGCCGAGGCAGCACCGUGUAGCGCAGACGAUAUAUCAUCCUUAGUCGAGAAGCUAUCGUCGAGCAAUUCGGAUGAGCUGCGCAAAGCAGUGACUACGAUCCGUUUACUGUCGAAAGAGAGCCCCGAGAACCGAACUCUGAUCGCAAAUGUCGGCGGAAUCCGGCCCCUCUUGCGGCUCCUAUCCUAUCGGGACUCGUCGAUCCAGGAACAAUCCGUGACGGCGAUUCUGAACCUGUCGAUCGACAAAACGAACAAACAGCUAAUAUCGAAGGAGGACGUUGCCCUCCCUGCCAUCAUCGAGAUUCUACGGAAAGGAACUGUUGGAGCCAAGGAGAACUCGGCGGCAGCGCUCUUCAGCCUGUCGAUGAUCAACGAGAACAAGACGAGAAUAGGAGAAUUGAACGGGAUCCCGCCGUUAGUCGAUCUGCUCAAAACCGGGACGGCGAGAGGGAAGAAGGACGCGAUGACGGCGCUCUUCAACCUCUGCCUGAGCCCUUCCAACAAAGACGGCGCGAUCGAGGCUGGCAUCGUCCCGCCGUUGCUCAGAGUGCUCGACGACCCGCAUCUCGACAUGAUCAACGAGACGCUGUCGACGCUGCUGAUCCUCGCGUCGAGUUCGAAGGGGAGGAGAGAGCUCGGGCAGCUCCCGUUUAUCGGGAGGCUGGUGAAGUUCAUCGGAGACGGGACGCCGAAGAACCGGGAGUGCGCGACGGCCGUGCUCCUGGAGCUCGGUUCGAACAACAGCAACCUGAUUCUUGCAGCGCUGCAAUACGGUGUGUAUGAAGCUCUGGUAGAAGUUUGUAAGAAUGGUACGGAAAGAGGGCAGAGGAAGGCCAACUCUUUGCUCAAACUCAUGAGUAAAGCCGAGCAGAUACCUUAGGGUGGCUUAAACUUAAUUUGAAUGUAACUUCGAAGGUAUUUUAGUUGAUAGGAGUGUGAACUUUUAUAAAUUAUCUUGUUUCCAUCAAAUAACUAAUAUUUCAA